ACCGGAGCCUCGUGCCAACGCGCAUGCGCAUGCGCAGUUCAUUAAACAGUUUUGGUUACACGAGUUUGUGUUCUCUACGCGGCUCUGUUUUGGCACCAGCAGAAUAAUUAGCGCUUUUUGGAUACGUUGACAUUAUAGACCGAUCAGCGUACCGGAUACAACUACCUAAAGGAAACGAGGAAGCGAGCUGCACUGCUCCGGCCCGAAGGAUCGCGAGCUGCGCAGCGUGUCUCUGGUCACGUCACGCACGUCUUCAGUGACCGACACAAAUAUAUCAUGGGGACCUGAAGAUAAUUCCGCUUAAUAAUAACAACAACGAUUAACUUAACCCAAAUUUGGUCUUAAAAAUGUCUGGAUUUACGGAUCUCCGGGAGAAGCUGAAGUCGAUGACACCUCACAGGGACAAUUCCAAAAAAGUUUUCUCGCACAGCAACGGCGAGAAGCGCAAAUACCGCUGGUCGGACGACGACGAGAGCGAUUACGAGGAACGUCGGGACGCGGAGGCACGCAAAGUUAAGAGCAGCAUAAAGCAGGCGAGUAUCUUCACGUCGGAGGAAUGCGCGCGCAUCGAAGCCAAGAUCGACGAAGUGGUUGCCAAGGCAGACAAGGGGCUCUACCGGGAGCACACAGUGGACCGGGCGCCCCUGCGGAACAAGUACUUCUUCGGCGAGGGCUACACGUACGGCUCCCAGUUAGAGAAGCGCGGCCCCGGGCAGGAGCGCUUGUACUCCAAAGGCGAGGUGGACGAGAUCCCGGACUGGGUGCACGAGAUGGUGAUCGAUAAGUUGAUCGCGAACGGCGUGAUACCGGAGGGCUUUGUCAAUAGCGCGGUGAUCAACGACUACCAGCCCGGGGGUUGCAUCGUGUCCCACGUGGAUCCCAUUCACAUCUUUGAGCGGCCGAUUGUGUCCGUGUCGUUCUUCAGCGAUAGCGCGCUCUGCUUUGGCUGCAAGUUCCACUUCAAGCCCAUCCGCGUGUCCGAGCCCGUGCUACACCUACCUGUGCGGCGCGGGAGCGUCACUGUUCUCAGUGGCUAUGCGGCUGAUGAAAUCACACACUGCAUCCGCCCGCAGGACAUCAAAGAAAGAAGAGCUGUGAUCAUACUGAGAAAAACGAGACCGGAUGCCCCACGCGUAGACUCAAAUUCACUGAGCACAUCCUUAGAGAAACGGCACAUACUCAAAGCCAGACGCUCACAUCGCAAAGCUGACCCGGAUGCUGCGCACAGGCCUCGUGUACUAGAGAUGGACAAAGAACUGCAGAGGCGUUCGCUGCCUUCACGUCAGAGACGUCACAGCGACGCUAGUUCAGAAAACUCCUUGAGAAGAGUCGAGGAGAGAGAGCCGAGCUCACGUUACACACACGACCACACCCCUGCACGACGAGUCAAGAUGAGACGUCACUGACACGUUCAUAGCCCGAAUUCGGGCGACUUUAAUCGCGCUUAUGGGGAGAUUUUUCCUCUGUGAGAGACAUUGGACGGAGACCAUACGAUGUUAUGCUUUACUUAUUAAGAGGCUCGAUCUAUCUAUUUAGACAUAUCAAAACAUGUUACUUUAAGAUUGAGUGUAUUUUGUUGUGUGUAAAUGUGUGGAAUAAAACAACAUCUAAACCAAUUACCAAUAAAAUCCCAUUUAAGUUUA